AUGUACCAAUAUAAUCCAAACAUCUGGGUGGAUGGCGACCAAAUAAAUCCCUUUGAGAUAAAUGAAGCCCGGAAGUCUCAAGAGUACUUGCUAAGAGAAAUUAAAGCAGAGAAUAAUGAGGAAACACUUCCAGCUGAACAUUUGACCGGAAAGGGGCUUCCGAAGAUUUCCAGCUCAGUCACAUUUGAUUAUAUAGAGACCUAUCAUCCUGGUCCACUUGAAAAAACGGUGUAUGAAUGUUUAGGACAAGGAGGCAAACAUGCUCAAACAAAAGAGUGGUCGUUGAAGGGUAAAGUCGAAAGCGACCAUUUUCCUCCCUUUGAUGCCUAUGUUAAAGCUUCGAAGCAUCGAAAGUGCAAAGCGAAAGUCAAAGCUAGAAUAAAUUUAAUUGGACGUCGCGAUAAUUUGCCUGCAAUAACGAUACCAUAUGAUUUUCACAGGGUUUUUGAUACAACAGGUGGUGCUAUUCCUAAUAUUGAAUUCAGAAAGGAGCAGGCAAAAUCUAUUCGUAAAGGAAAAUCUGUUAACGCUAUAAAGAAGAAUUUGAAUAGCUAUUGUAAUCGCGGAUUAUUCAGACGAUCAACGUACCCAAACUUAAGUGACGAAGAUUUUCGGUCAUUGCUAAAAAAAUAUUAUGCGGGUUUCAAUAAUGCCUUACAAGAACAUGUCAACUUAGAGUUUAUUAAUCCAGAUGAAAAGAAAAAAUUGCUUGCAACACUCAGAACG